AUGAAACCCUCACAUAUACCUGUUAGAGCAUUUGGUAAUGCAAUACAUCAGUAAUCUAUUGAAUAACGUCAAUUAAGACCUUCUUCUAUUCAGUAAACUAUGGAACCAAGAUAAAUUAUGAGGUGCGUCUCUUAAGAAUAAAAAUUACCUUACAAACCUAUUUAAUAUGUUUAAUAUUAAUAGCCAAGGUAAUCUUAUUGAAUAAUCUUUUAUUUUAGAGCUUCAAAUCCACCAAUCAAAAAACCAUUACAAGAGACUGUUGCCUUUUACUAAUAAUUAUAAUAAUAGAGUGUGCCCUUAAAAACUGAAUAAUUAAAAAAGGCAUCUUUAAUUUAAGAAAUUAGUAAAGUUUAAUCUUAAGCUUAAUUGCACUUAGCUUAAUAAGAUGAUACUAAUCAAUCUAUUAUUAUUAAAUAAUAAAAUGAAUAAAUUUAAUCAUUAUAAACUUAAUUAUCUGAGAAAGUUCAUUAAUAUUAAUAAUUGUAAGAAAGAUUUAAUGUGGAAUUUAGAAAAUUUUAAGAAGAUCUUAAAUACAAAUUGACUAAUAUUGAUCUAAAUAUUACAUAGAAUGAUUACACUUAAUAAUUUAUGUAAGAGAUUGAUAGAAAAGUUACAAACCUUUAGAAAAAUCUUAAUGAAUAGAUUAAUGAACUUUAAGAGAAAUUUGAGUAAAAAUCAAAAUAAAGUGAACAUUUGGUAAAAAAUUUAUCUUCUAAUACAUCCUUAAGAUUAAAUGAAGAUGAAUAACAUUUUAAACAAGAAAUAGAAAAUUUGAAUAAUAAAUUAAAUUAAAAAGCUGAUAGAUAGAAAGUAGAAUAAACUAUUUAAAUAUAAAUAACUUAAUUACAAAGUUAAUACUAAUUAUAGUUGUAAUAAGCUCAUUAAUUAUUAAAUAAGAUAAAUAAUGAAAAGAGUGAUGAAUUAUAAUUAAUAAAAGAUCAAAUAUAAAAUACUUUAUUGCGUCUAACAUAAUAAGUAAAUUAAAAAUUAUAAAAUAUGUAUGAUACAAUAAAUGAGCGAGAUUUAGAAAGUAAUAAUAAUAGAUAAGAGAGUAAAUAAUUAAAUUAGCAUUUUAUGAAUUUAACAAAUAGAUUUCAGCAAUUGUAAUAAUAAUCUAUUGAAACAAUUACAUAAUUAAAGUAGAAAAAUAAAUAGAUUGAAAAAGAGAAGUAAGAAUUAAGUAAAUAAUUAACUUAAUAAUAAUUUUUGGUAACUUAACUUUAAUCUGAAAUAGCAAAAUAAAAAAAUACUAAUUCUUAAUUGACUUUAUAAUUAUCUCCUUAAGUAAAAUAAAACAGUUUUUUUUCAAGUUCUACAGCAGUAGCAAAUUAAAAAUCAAAAAAAUAAUAAAGUUUAGUCAAAAAGAAAAAUGAAAUUAGUUUGGAUGAUUUUGCAGAUUUCAAUGAAAAUUCAUUAUUAGAUUCAAAUGAUAGUUUUGAAAUAAAUGAAACAUGUGGUUUUAGUAAAUCAAAAAAGACUCCAUAGAUAGUAGAAUUUUAGAGUCCUGCAAGAAAUCCUUUUAAGAAAUGUUAAUAAUAAAAUUAUAAUAAAAUAUUAAAUGAUGAUAAUAGUUGUCAAGUAUCAUGUAAGAGUAGAGGUAAAUCAGCACCAUAACCAAUAAUAAAUGCUUUAGCAAAAGCAAUAAAAAGAAGUAUAUAAUAAAUGAAUAAUUUGAAUAGGAUUGUUAUAUCUAGGUAAAAAUGAUAGAAUUUUAACAUGUGCAUAUGAUUCUGAGAAACAUUUGAUUGAUAGUGUUAUGGGAUUAUGUUUAUUAGAUGAGAAUGGUUCUCCAUUUAUAAUUAACGAAGAGGAAAAAAACUAAUUGAUACAAAUGAAGUUGAUUAGAAUGAACUGA